AUGACAAUGCUUCAGUCGCAAAAACUGUACAGCGAGGCCGGGGGCCUCGGAAACGCCAUGACAAGCGCUACCAUGUCAAGCAUGGGGAGCAUGGCGCCAACGUACAGUUCUAUAAACUCAAUGGGUUGCGUGUCUAUGGGCAUGACCAUGGGAGUGGGCCCUAGCUGCAGUCCCCAGGGCGCCAGCGGGUUCAACAUGAGCACGAUGAGUCCCAUGGGAAUGGCCUCAAUGGGCGGCGGCGGAAUGGGAGGCUACGGAAGCGCCGCAAUGGGCGGCGGAGGCGCCUGUAUGACUCCCGUCGGCUACGUCGGCGGAACUCCGUCUUCCCGAGACCCGCUCUCGCUCGCCGAGCCAGACUCUCCGAACUCCGCGCUCCAACGGGCGAGAAAUGACAAGUCCUACCGGAGGAAUUACACCCACGCGAAGCCGCCGUACUCCUACAUCAGCCUCAUCACCAUGGCGAUACAAAAUGCACCCUCAAAGAUGCUUACUCUCGCAGAAAUCUAUCAGUUUAUCAUGGACCUCUUUCCGUUCUACAGAACGAACCAGCAGCGCUGGCAAAAUUCUAUUAGGCAUUCGCUGAGCUUCAAUGAUUGCUUUGUAAAGGUUGCUAGAACUCCCGACAAGCCUGGCAAGGGUUCCUUCUGGACCCUGCACCCAGAGAGCGGAAAUAUGUUUGAGAAUGGCUGCUACUUGCGUCGGCAGAAGCGGUUCAAGGAUGAGAAGAAGGAGCAAGCUCGCCAGACCACCAAACACCCAGGACAUCCUCAUCAUUCUUCAGGUGGACACACUAGUCCCUCUUCUCAUGAACUUGGAGGACAUCCAGGUAAAAAAUCAUCAUCUCUGCAUCACACAGUGACUCACCAACCUGAUGAUAAGGAUCUCCAUUCUUUGGUGUCUUCGCACCAUCACCACGCGACGGGACUCCACCAACACCACGGCGGAGGAAUUAAAAGCGACGCUAAUGACAUUGGUGGCUUGCUAGGUCCAGACUUAGGCGCUACUCAUGAUGAAUUAGCAGCCAUGGUCGGUCGUAGCCUUCAUCCUCAUCUUCUGAGCGACCCUUCGGCUCUCCACCACGGAAUGGCCAGUAGCUUAAAGCAGGAGCCGCCUUAUACUGCUGCGAACCACCCGUUCAGCAUCACCAGGUUGCUUCCUCCUUCGGAACCCGCGACAACCUCGCCUGGGGCUCAGGAUAGAAAGCACCCGGACUUGAAGAUGUACGAGCAGCUUCACCAGAGCUACGCGAAUUACGGCUCGCCGCAUCAUCAUCCCCAUUCUGGCCCUCCGACUCAUCAUCACCACAAUGGUAUGCAUGGUGGCAACUCUGUUGCUACCAUGCACAAUAUGUCCAAUCAUCAUCAGGAUUAUUAUCAGCCUCCGUUGUAUCAUCAUGCGAGCAGUGUUUCUAGCAGCAGUGUACCUCCUAGUGUCUCUUCUUCAGCCGCCGGUGGGUUGUGA